GCUGAAGUCAUAACAGCUGUCAUCUCAAAGUGUGUGGUCCCACCUGAAGACAUGUCCACCUGAGGACUCGCCCACUUGAGGAUUAGUCCACUUCCGGACCGGUCCACCCGAGAACUAGUCCCACCCGAAUACUCGUCCACCGGAGGAUUGGCCCGGGGUGAGCGGACGAUGAAAAUGAAGAGACAGCGGGAGGUGAACAGUUCUGCUCUGAUCACCUUGGAAACCAAGCCAGACAUCAGCAAUGGAAGCUUCCCCAUGAAUGCUCCUGAGGCGCUGCGGGACAGAAACGUGUUCAGCGACGGCACCACACGGGUCGAUUUUGUCCUGGCGUGGGAGGAGCCUAAUGACCCAGACAAGGAGACGACAGCCAUUAACCCCGCCCACAGCAAGCGGAGGGAAACCUUCCUGAACAAACUGAGAUACUCGGGACUCCUGCUGGAGAAGAGGGACAUGGUCCAGCCCAAGACCAGGACCUUUUUUGUCCUCCUGAGUGCGCCAUGGAGCGUCCUUUGUUACUACGCCGAGGAGAUCAGCCUGCGAGUUCCCCUGCAGGUGGUCAACACUUCCUACACCAACUGGUCCGCCGAGAUCUUCAAGUCCCUGUCGGCCCCCAACCCUCUGAUGCAAGAUGUCCCCAAUCCUCCGCCGGACUUCUACACUUGCCAGUUCAGGAACAACAAGCUUGAGAGGUUCCUGGGGAGCGAAGACAGAGACACGUUCUUCAAGACCACUCAACGACAUCAAGUGCUCUACGAGAUCCUUGCUAGGACGCCGUAUGGCUCGGUGUCCAAAGGUGAGGUGGGAAUCGACCGGCUGCUGAGCGAGCAGGUCUUCACAUCCGCCUACCCGUUGCACGAGGGUGAAUUCCAGGUGCCGAGCUGGCCCGUGGCCCCCGAGUCUCUGGGUCUCAGACAAAUCCUGUAUAGAUACUGGGCGCAGUGGUCCUGCUGGAGACGAUACCAACCUCUGGACCACAUCAGGGAGUACUUUGGAGAGAAGAUAGCUCUUUAUUUUGCAUGGAUUGGGUUCUACACGGGCUGGUUGGUGCCGGCCUCACUCGUUGGGACUUUAGUCUUCCUGGCAGGUUUUUGGCUUAUGACCACUGACAUUCCAGCGCAAGAGUUGUGUAACAGUGGCAACAGUUUCAUCAUGUGUCCACUCUGCAACAUCUGCUCCUUCUGGAACUACUCCAGCAUCUGCCUCACAUACAAGGCGGGGAUUCUGUUUGAUAACGGAGGGACAGUUUUUCUCAGCGUCUUCAUGUCCUUGUGGGCUGUUACCUUUUUGGAGUACUGGAAGAGAACAUGUUCAUCUUUGUCCCACCGCUGGGACUGCUCGGAUUUCCAGGACAUCGAGGAGCGACCUCGCCCCGAGUUCGCAACCAUGGCACCGAUGACCAUGAGGAACCCACUGACCGGUGCAGAGGAACCAUACUUCCCUGAAAAGAAACGGUUUAACCGUGUGUUAACCGGCUCUAUGAUUAUGGUCAUCAUGGUGAUCGUGGUCCUGAUGUUCCUUAUCGCCAUCAUCCUGUAUCGCUCCAUUCUGAGUAUUGUCAUCUCCAAGUCCAGCUACCAUUUCUUCAUCUUCUCUGCAGGCAGGAUUGCCAGUCUCACAGGAUCUGUGUUGAAUCUGCUAGUCAUCCUCAUCUUGUCCCGAGUGUACAUUUCACUCGCCCACAUCCUGACCCGCUGGGAGAUGCACCGCACUCAGACCAAAUACGAAGACAUGUUUAUCCUCAAAGUCUUCAUUUUCCAGUUUGUCAACUUCUACUCCUCGCCAGUUUACAUCGCUUUCUUCAAAGGCAGAUUUGUCGGGUACCCUGGAAAAUACGUCUCGCUGUUUGGAGUGCGCAAUGAAGACUGCGGGGCAGGUGGAUGUCUCAUCGAGUUGGCCCAGGAGCUGCUGGUCAUCAUGGUUGGAAAACAGCUGAUCAACAACAUCCAGGAGUUCAUCUGCCCGAAGUUGAGGGCGUGGUGGCAGAAGAGGAAGCGGAGUCGAAGGGUGAAGGAGAUUCAGGAGGAGGAAGGAGAGGAGGAGGACAUGUAUCCUUGGGAGGCAAACUACCAGCUGCUGGUCUGUGAAGGCCUCUUCAGCGAGUACCUGGAGAUGGUCAUUCAGUUCGGUUUCAUCACCAUCUUUGUGGCGGCGUGUCCGCUUGCUCCUCUCUUCGCUCUCAUCAACAACUGGGUGGAGAUCCGCCUGGACGCUCAGAAGUUUGUCACGGAAUAUCGCCGACCAGUGGUCGAACGGGCUCAGGACAUCGGCAUCUGGUUCGACAUCCUGCAGUUCAUCGCAUACAUGGCCGUCCUGGGGAACGCCUUUCUCAUUGCCUUCACCUCGUCCUUCCUACCCCGCCUCUACUACCGCUACACCCGAGACGAAUCGCUCAGUGGGUUCAUCAACUUCACCCUGGCGACGUCACCACGGAACUACAGCCAGGAGCACCGACAUACCUGCAGGUACCGUGGCUUCAGGAAUGAGAAUGGCCAGUAUCUGCCGGAGUAUUUUCACUUGCUCGCCAUCCGACUCGCUUUUGUGAUUAUCUUCGAGCAUGUGGUCUUCCUCAUCGGCCGUCUGAUCGACUUGAUGGUUCCUGACAUCCCCGAGGAGGUGGAACUUAAGAUGAAGAGGGAGCACUACAUGGCCAAGGAGGCACUGGCUGAGAACCAGGCCUUGGGGAGAGCCAUGAUUCCUGGUGAGCUGAACGGCUCAUCCGGAGAACCUCGACAACGUAAAUCCAGGCUUUCCCCGCCGCAGAGUGCCCCCCAGUCCCCGACGUUGAUUGGGAUCUCAGAGGAAGCUGACACAUAAGGUAGCUGCUGAAGGACAUUCAGGCCAACAUGAGGAUAGUCUUUGGUCCUAACUCUAACACAAGACAUUUUAAAGAUGGCUUAGACACUGGUUGAGAAUGAUGGGAACGUGGACUUUUUAUCACAGAACUUUUUCCAGCAAAAAUUUGCUGAGAAAGCUGAAAAAUGGAGGACACAUAAACAGCAUGAGAUAAUGUGUUGAAGGGUCAUAUCAUGAUUUUUUUAAAUACUACUUUGUGGUCUACAUAACAUGUAAUGGUGGUUCUUUGCUGAAAAAUGGGCCUAAAUUUUGUUUUACAGACCUAUUUCAAAGCCAUUUUUUGCUUCUGCUUAAAGUUGUAAAAAACAGAGGCUCAAGGCUAUAAACGAAGCUACAAGCUACAUCACAAGCGUUAUAACGGGUUGUAUAACUUGCUUGUCCUUUGCCGAACACAGUAGCCACUGAUCUAAUUCAAAGUAGUUUUUAGGAAAAUCAUUCUUUUGUUGCAGGAUGGUGACGCUAUUGUUUUACAUUAAAAGGCUAAGCUGGCUACACAACAACAAGAGCUAACAUUGCAAACAUAUCAUUCACACAUUUCUAACAUACUGUUAUUACUUACCGUUACAUUGUCUCCUUCCUUGCCAUAGAUAGCAAACACAGAGUCAGCCAUUAAAAGUAGUUUUUCAGAAAAUCCAUCUUUUUGUCUAGGUUCGUGGGUGCAAAGGUUAUACCUUACUUUCUAAUGCUAGAUCCUGGACGUACACAUGUGCAUAUUGACAAUAAAAGGCUUUUCAAUUCUAAA